AUGGGCACACUUCAGACAUGGCGAAAAGCCUAUGGCGCUCUCAAAGAUUCCACCAAAGUCGGUCUUGCUCAUGUCAAUAGCGAUUAUGCGGAUUUGGAUGUGGCCAUAGUCAAAGCAACUAAUCACGUCGAGGUUCCUCCAAAAGAGCGCCAUCUUACAAAAAUUUUGGUUUCCACGUCAGCGAUUCGCCCUCGAGCUGAUGUUGCUUAUUGCAUUCAUGCUCUUUCCCGCCGAUUGGCCAAAACCCAUAAUUGGACGGAACGGCUUGAAUGCUUUAGAAUUCUGAAGUAUGACAUUGAAGCAGAGCGUCUUCCAAGGCCUGUCCAAGGGCAGGAUAAGGGCUACAGCCGAACUAGGGACUUAGACAGUGAAGAACUGUUGGAGCAGUUGCCUGCUUUACAGCAGCUGUUGUAUCGUCUUGUUGGUUGUCGGCCAGAAGGUGCUGCAGUUGGCAAUUAUGUUAUACAGUAUGCUCUGGCUCUGGUGUUGAAGGAGACCUUUAAAAUAUAUUGUGCUAUUAAUGAUGGGAUCAUUAAUCUUGUGGAUAAGUUUUUUGAGAUGCCAAGGCAUGAAGCUAUCAAAGCCCUUGAUGUAUACAAGCGAGCAGGCCAACAGGCUGGUAACCUUUCUGAUUUCUAUGAAGUAUGCAAAGGGUUGGAACUUGCUAGGAAUUUCCAGUUUCCUGUUUUGAGAGAGCCUCCACAAUCCUUUCUUACAACCAUGGAAGAGUAUAUAAGAGAGGCACCAAGAGUUGUUUCUGUUCCAAGUGAGCCAUUGCUUCAAUUGACCUACAGACCAGACGAAGGUCCUUCGGAAGAUGCCAAAUCAUCCAGUGAUGAACUUGAGCCACCUCCUUCAGGUGAUGUUGCUGUCUCCAAUUUCGAGGUUGCUCCUCCUGCUCCUACACUCCCUCCUCAGAACAACAUAGACACUGGAGAUUUGCUGGGAUUGAAUUACGCAGCUCCUGAUGCAUCUGCCAUUGAGGAAAGCAAUGCUCUGGCACUGGCUAUAGUUCCAUCUGAAUCAGAUGCUGCACCCACAUUCAAUUCUGCUUCUGGUCAAGCAAAAGAUUUUGAUCCUACUGGAUGGGAACUUGCCCUGGUCACUACUCCAGGCAGCAAUAUUUCUGCCACCAAUGAGAGGCAAUUGGCUGGUGGCUUGGACUCGCUCACUCUGAACAGUUUAUACGACGAGGGAGCAUAUCGAGCUGCCCAGCAGCCUGUUUAUGGAGUGCCAGCCCCUAAUCCAUUUGAAGUACAAGAUCCAUUUGCUAUGUCAAACAGUAUUGUUCCUCCUCCAUCAGUCCAAAUGGCAAUGGCUCAACAGCCGCACAAUCCUUUUGGUCCAUAUCAACCUACCUACCCACAGCCACAGCAGCAACAACAUUUGAUGAGCCAUACAAAUCCUUUUGGUGAUACAACAGGGUUUGGGGCAUUUCCUGCACAUCCUGUUACACAUCCUCAGACUAAUAACCCCUUUGGAAGCACUGGCCUUUUGUGA